UUUUUGUAUUCAAGCCGUUUGAAAACACAUUUUGUUCUUAUCCCUCCUUUGUGCUGUAGACCAGAAGUAUAGCCAAAGGUUCCAAAGGUUCAAAAAUGCGAUUCCUAUCGCAGGCCUCGCUCCUGUCCUUAUCUCUGCUUUCGGUUUUCGUUUCUGCUCAAGAUGCUGAAGGCAUCGUGAAAAAGUCAUUCGGAUAUCAGUCCGACGUCGCUCGUUUGCGCAAGAUUGUUAUUAACAGCUUAUACUCUCAUCGUGAUGUCUUUUUGAGGGAGCUUAUUUCCAAUGCAAAUGAUGCACUUGAGAAACUACGCAUUACCAGCCUCAAAGAGGGUUUCCACAUCGAGAACCCAAUGAACAUCUCUAUCAAGGCUGUCAAAGAGGACCAAGAUGGGAAGAGUCGCCUUGUCGUCACUGAUUUUGGUAUCGGGAUGUCUGCGGAAGAACUGGCUACAAACUUGGGAACAUUGGCUAAAUCAGGAACAUCUGAAUUCCUAACGAAAGCUGAGACUGAUUCUUCAUCCGCGAACUCGUUGAUUGGUCAAUUCGGUGUUGGCUUCUAUUCUGCAUUCCUGGUAGCUGAUCAAGUCUACGUCGCAUCACUUCCUGGCCCGACUAAGGAGAAUCCAGACCCGACCCAGAAUGUCUUUCUGAGCUCUUCAGAAGGUACCGAUUUCACUGUUUAUCCGGAUCCGAGGGGAAACACCCUCGGGCGUGGCACUGAGAUCACGCUUAUCAUGAGGAGCGAUGCAACGGAGUAUUUAGAUAUUGAGACGCUGAAGUCCUUGGUUCAGAAACACUCUGCCUUCACGACGUCUUAUCCUAUCUACCUUCACCACUUCAAGACCGAAGAAGUUCCGGACCUCGAUGCUGUCAUUGAGCAGCCAAAGGAGGAAGAGCCAGUCAAAGAUACAGAGGACGAUGAAGAUUCCAUCGAAGACGUUGUCGAGGGAACGACCGAGCCCACGGAAGAGAAGCCGCUGACCGUGCCCAUGAAGAACGUCACUACUGAAGAAUGGGUUCAUCUGAACGACCAGCCCCCCCUUUGGCAACGUGACCCUAAGAACGUUUCCAAGACCGAAUACGACGACUUUUUCCGUUCUACGUUUAAAGAUCCUAACGACCCCCUGGCCGUUCACCACUUCAAGGGCGAUGCCGGCUCCGUUUCCUUCAAAGCAUUGCUCUUCAUCCCACCCAACUUGGACACUGAGUUCUGGCAGAGCAGCAAGAUUGCCGCUGGGUCUCUGAAGCUUAUGGUGAAACGUGUGUUCAUUACAAGCGACUUCGGUGAUGCUUCGUUGCCAAAGUGGAUCUCGUGGCUUCGUGCAGUGGUUGAUGCCGAUGACCUACCCCUCAAUGUUUCACGCGAGACUCUUCAGUCUGGGCGCUUCCUGUCUCGGAUAAAGAAUGUUCUCGUUAGCAGGACCAUCUCCCUCUUAGCGCGUGUCUCGGAGGAGGACCCAGAGCAAUACGCGAAAAUCAUGGAUGUCUUUGGCCCAACGUUCAAACUUGGAGCCGUAGAGAGCCAGAAAGAUCGUCAGAAGAUAGCCAGUUUGACGCGGUGGAACACGAACUUGAGAAACUCGACAAGUUUGGAUGAGUAUGUGGCCAAGAAGAAGAAAGGACAAAAUCAAAUCUUCUUCCUCGCCGCCGCUGGCUCAGACCCUGGGACUCUCAAGAAGUCGGUCUUCAUUGAGAAGCUUCAUGCUCGUGGCUAUGAAGUUAUCCUUGCCCAUGAAUCCAUCGAUGAAAUCCUCAUCUCGAAUCUCCGCCAGUGGAAGGGUCUUGUUUUCCAGGAUGUUUCUAAAAAGGGGCUGACUUUCGGAGAUGAGGACCAGUCACCUGAGGAGGAGAAAGCGGAGCUUCAGGUUGAGGCAGAAAAAUAUAAGCCACUCUUAAGCCUCAUCAAGGAGAAAGCUACUGGCAUCGUUAAGGAUGUUGUAAUUUCGAACCGCCUCGUCACCAGCGCCUGCGCCAUCGUCGCAGAUCAGUUUGGCUACUCCGCCAAUAUGGAGAAACUUAUGGCCUCGCAACAGAAAAGGAACAAAGAGGACCAGGACAUCAUGCACGAUUGGGCUAAGAAGCAGAGAGUUCUUGAGAUAAAUCCUCGGUCUCCUCUCAUUGAGGGUUUGUUGAAGAAGGUGGAGAAGAUCAACGACGUUGCAGAAGGCGGGGAGACGGACUCAGACCUUCAGGCUGAGGUUACUGAGGUGAUUUCGAUUCUCAUUGACAGCGCUUUGGUUCGCUCCGGCUUCGCAGUGGAAAAUUCGAAUGAGUUCUUCACUCGCAUCGACCGUGUCCUCCGCCGCUCACUUGGCGUUUCAGAGCACGCACCAACUGAUACUACCGUUAAACCAGCUCCUGAUGUUGACGAUUCCGUCAAGAUUGAUCCUGAUGCAACGAAAAAACUGGCUGCGCAAUUGGAUGAGGAUGAGAAA